AUGUCUGGGGCUUUUGACAGAACUGGGGAAUUUCGUGCGUGUACUCAGUCGUUUCAUGAUCGCCUUCUCUCUGGUCGGUUACGCUUGAAACCUCCUCAUCCCAAAAAUUCAAGCGUGACUGAAAACAGUAUUACUACCGAACUCUUAACUAGAUCAAAGCAAAUGUCGGGGGAUCUUAAAAUGACUGUUUCUAAAAUGGCUAAAUUAAAAAUUUUAUUACAAGGUAGAUCCAAUUCAUCUCCAGAUGUUCUCAGCAAAUUAAUUGAAGUUAUCCAACUUGAUAUAAUAGAUUUAAAUAAAGCCAAGCUUGAACUAAAAGCUAGCAUCGUUAGAGUUAAAGAACACUCUGUCACUAAUACGCAACACUUAAAGCACAUCGAUCUCAUCGUUAUCAGUUUAGAAUAUCAUUUGUCAUUCCUGGUUUCCGAAUUUCGCCUUUUGUUAGAGGAACACAAAAGUUUUCUUUCGACAGACUCCAAAAUGUCAAACACAAACAUUCCCACGAAUCCUGAUGUAAAUCAGUUAACUAAAUGUACAUCGUAUUCAGAAAUAAUUACAUCUGAUAAAAAUCAUUUCCCAAGCUCUUUCCAAAAUAUAUCGUAUCGUCCUACAGAAGACAAUCGGCCUCAAAAACUCAACCACUUUCCUGGUAGUCCACCUUCUCAUACCUUGUCAUUGCCAACACAUACAGCUAAUUCACAUUCAGCAUCAAAUCUGUCAUCAGCAAUACCUGUUCUGGAAUUAAAUAGUUCUUCAAUGAACAGCAGACCUGAUUUUUAUGACCCAUCUCGCGUGGGAGCUACUAACCAGGCAACCGAACAACUUCAGUUAUUUGCAAGUAAUCCUCAUGUUUCGCUUAUCGACCAAGAAGUUCGUCAGCGUGAUGCUGCAAUUCGACGAGUAGAAUCAACUAUCGUUCAACUUGGGGAAAUUUAUCAGCAAUUCUCUAGUUUAGUUCAAGAACAGGGUGAUUUGGUAUUACGAAUAGACAGUCAAACUGAUGAUAUGGAAAUGAAUAUUAGUGAGGCGCAUGCACAGUUACUGGUGUUUAUGCGACGAAUUUCUGCACAAAGAGGAUUUCUUAUUAAGAUGUCUGAAUGUACAGCUGUUAUAGAUCAUAUUGAUAGCAGCAAAAAAGAUGUUAAUGAUGAAAAUAUUCGCUUACCUUCAAAACGUCACUAUCGUCAACGAGCUCACUGUAAUCCUUGGUCAGAUCAUACACUUGAUUAUCCUUUGAAACCAGAAUUAAUGGAUUGGGAAACGUUAUUUGGAGAUCGUCGAAAUUCUGUGUCGCUAGUGAAUACUGGUUCUUUUGAUCCACUCGUACGUUUUUUGGAUGUAGGUUGUGGAUAUGGUGGACUUUUGUUUAAUUUAUCUACCUCCUAUCCAUGUACGCGGAGUGUUGGAUUAGAAAUACGCUUGAAAGUCUGUGACUUUGUUCAGGAGAAACUUAAUGCUCUGCGUCUGAAACAUCCUGGUCAAUACAACAAUAUAGCCUGUAUUCGUACAAAUGCGAUGAAGUUUUUGCCCAAUUUCUUUCACCAAGGUCAAUUGCACAAAAUAUUCUUCCUCUAUCCAGAUCCCCACUUCAAGCGUGUUAAGCAUAAAUGGCGUAUUAUUUCUCCAACCUUGCUGGAUGUUUAUGCAUAUCUUUUGAAACCUAGUGGUAAAAUAUAUUCAGCUACUGACGUUCCUGACCUUGGCAAAUGGAUUAUGGAUUGUUUAUCCGCACAUCCUCUUUUUCGUCCAGUUUGUCUUAUUUAUCUCCGUCCUCAGGACAAAGAUACGAAAAAUUCAAGUGAACUAUUGAAGUUAUCUGCUGACUCAAAUGUAUUUAAAAGCAGUCCUUAUUUUAUUAAGGACUCAGAUGUAUUUGAGAAAAUGAAAGAAUCAGACCCAAUCCUAAAGUUAUUGGAACAAGGUUGUACAGAAGAAGCCCACAAGGCCUGCAGAGAAGGACGUGAAACUCUUAUUAUUGUAUAUGAAAGAAUUCCAAACCCACCUCUGUAA